CUACGUCACCUUCCUGUAAACGCUGCCAUUUGGGAAACUGCGUGUUUAUUGUUCAGUUGUCUAAUUUUCACAUAACAGUUCAUCAUGGCUAUGCAAGCAGCGAAACGCGCUAAUAUACGAUUACCUCCUGAGGUCAACAGAAUCCUUUACAUCAGGAACCUUCCUUACAAGAUCACAGCAGAAGAAAUGUACGACAUCUUUGGGAAAUACGGACCAAUACGUCAAAUCAGAACAGGGAACACACCCGAAUCAAGAGGAACAGCCUAUGUGGUUUAUGAAGACAUCUUCGAUGCCAAGAACGCCUGUGACCAUCUGUCAGGCUUCAACGUCUGCAACCGUUACCUGGUGGUUCUCUACUACAACGCAAACAGAGCUUUCCAGAAAAUGGACACAAAGAAGAAAGAGGAACAGCUGAAGCUCCUAAAAGAGAAAUAUGGCAUCAACACAGACCCUCCAAAGUAACCUUCUGGAAGCCCCUCUUUUCCUGUCAUGUCCACAAUUUUUCUUUUUAUCUGUACAAACCUGACAUGUUCCUUUUUGUUUCUCUGCUGAUAAUUUACUAAUUCAGUAAAUUAUCAGCAGCUGUUUUGCCUUCUAUUUUAAUUAUUUUGUUCAUAUGAGGAGUUAGGCUUUUGUUUUUUUUUAAUUUCCAAAAUCAAAUAUGUGCAUAUAUUCUGGUUAGACUUGCAGCAUUUGAGUCAGCGUCUGAGCAGGGAGCCAUUUGGCAUGCUUGUCACAAAAGAUGCCCCUUGUCGGUUUGAUUUGUGUAAUAGGACUUUAAAUUUGUGGCGCUCCUCUCAAAUUGAUUUACAAGUGGGACAAACUCUCCAUAACAAGCAAGUUUUACAAGGAUUUAUGUAGUGACUGAUCAUUGUUUUUGCACCCUUGGCAACAUUAAAAUCUGCCUGAGCAGAUUGUUAAAGUUGAUUAGUACUGAGUGUGUAAAGUAUAUUGACUCUGUAAAAUAAAUGUUUUCAAUUUCUAAAA